UGCACGAGUUUAUAGGGUUUGUGGCAAUGGCGAAGGAAGCACAGUUUUCAUUAGGAACUAAACGCAAGUACGUACGCCGAUCCAGCCGCACGGAGUUCGCCUUCGCCAACCACCAUGCUCACAAAACCGCCGUUAGCGCACUCGCUAUUCCUAAAACCGGACUAGGGGAUUUUAAACUCCCCGUGAACUCAAAUGAGAAGCCUCAUCACUCAGCAGCUGCUAAAAUUUUGUUCAAGAACAAACCCCGUCUUGAUCAUGAUCAUGAUCACGGUGAAGCAAAGAAGAGUGCUGACGCAAAUAGUGUCAGAAAAGCCGACGCUAUUAUUUAA